UCGUGCUGUCAUUUGACACUUUUGCUCCUUUACAUUUUUGUAUAAAUAGCCCAGUUGUGUAGAUAUCAGAUCAGAAUUCACUUGACUCUCAAAGUGUAGCUAUAUCUAAAACUCAAUAUCCAAUAUGAAGUUCAUCAUCGCUGUAGUCAUGUUGGCUUUGGCCGCCAUCAACACCAAUGCAAGCCUAUUGCCUUUGCCUUUGGCUUAUUCAGGCUAUCCAUUGGCUUCAAGCUAUCAAUUAGCUUAUGCACCUCGCAUUUCACUAUCUCAGGGAUAUGCCGGACUCAGCUAUGCUGCACCAGUUCCAGUUGCAUAUAGCGCCCAAGCUUUAUCACUACCAGCAUCCGUUGCUGUUUCUCCAGUCGCCCCAGUACCAGUUGCUGUCGCCUCACCACACGUACCAUCUGCAAGCUAUGUUGCUACCACACGUGGUGCCCAACACGUAGCACCAUUGGUGGGACACGUGCAAUCAGUUUCAUCUCAAAAUGUGGAACCUGCACCUGGAACCUAUUAAGCACAACUGCUGAAUUCUUCCCCGAAUAUUUUACUGUUCUCACCACUGGAAAAACAACAAUAUCAACACCAAACAGUGCACUGAAGUAAAAUAAAAAAAA